AUGUUUGAGGCAGAUCAGGUUCGACUACCGGAGAUUGACGAAGAAAGCUACAAAAUAAAAAUUGCUGUGAAGCGUCGGGAUCAGUAUGGCUCUACUUUAAAGAAGUCUCUGGGGCCCACUCUUCACCAAAAGCCGCUACAAAAUAGUCUCUCUGCUGCAGUCACAUCCAAUGAAAUUGUCCCCAUCGAAGAGUUGGAUGAAGCAAGUGAUCUUCAGUCGCAGGCUGACACACAACUGGUCCAGGUUGGCACUGACAAAUUACUGCUGCCUAAGAAAGCACCAACCAUUCCUAAACCUAUCUGGCAUCCUCCGUGGAAACUUUCGCGUGUCAUCAGUGGACAUUCUGGUUGGGUUCGUUGCAUUUCUUUUGAUUCAACGAACGAAUUCUUCGCCACUGGAGCAGCAGAUCGGAUGAUUAAGAUUUGGGAUUUCGCUAGCGGUUACCUUAAACUCACUCUCACGGGUCAUAUCAGUGCAGUUCGUGGGGUUGUUAUCAGUCCCCGUCAACCCUAUCUCUUUUCAUGCGGUGAAGACAAGACGGUCAAAUGUUGGGACCUUGAGCAGAACAAGGUAAUUCGACACUAUCAUGGCCACAUGUCAGCUGUCUACGAUAUCGACCUACAUCCCACACUCGAUGUCCUGGUCACUUGUGGUAGAGAUGCCACUGCCCGGGUUUGGGACAUGCGGACCAAAGUCAACAUCCACACUCUGAGCGGUCAUUCAAAUACAGUUUCCUCAGUGCGUUGCCAGGAGUCCGAUCCACAGGUUAUCACUGCUUCGCAUGAUGCCACCGUUCGUCUAUGGGACUUGGCUGCUGGCAAGACUAUGGUUUGUCUUACGAACCAUAAGAAAAGUGUUCGCUCUCUUGCUAUUCAUCCAACUCAAAACGCGUUUGUAUCCGCUUCACCGGACAAUAUUAAGCAAUGGAAGCUGCCGAACGGGACGUUCCUCCAGAAUCUGUCGGGUCACAAGGCUCUCGUAAAUGCACUAGCCAUCAACAUGGACGGUGUAGUUGUCAGCGGAGGCGACAAUGGCAGCAUGUAUUUCUGGGACUGGCGCUCGGGAUACAACUUCCAGAAGCUGAAUUCCGUUGCCCAGCCAGGUAGCAUAAAUUCUGAGGCGGGCAUUUUCGCAUUGGCUUUCGAUCGUAGUGGCUCUCGUCUGGUCACCGCCGAAGCUGACAAGACCAUUAAAGUAUACAAGGAAGAUGAGACCGCUAAUGAAGAAACGCAUCCAACCAAUUGGCGCCCAGGGAUUUUACGGAAGGCCAAGUAUUAG